CCCAAGGACUGCCUUCCCAGGAGCCCCUGCGGCGGGGCGCGAAGAUGGCGGCGACCGUGGCCGGGCACCGCUAAAGCAGCAGCGAUGGAACCUCCUCCAGCACCGGGGCCGGAGCGGCUCUUUGACUCGCACCGGCUCCCGAGUGACGGCUUCCUGCUCCUCGCGCUGCUGCUCUACGCGCCCGUCGGGUUCUGCCUCCUAGUCCUGCGCCUGUUUCUCGGGCUCCACGUCUUCCUGGUCAGCUGCGCGCUGCCAGACAGCAUCCUUCGCAGGUUCGUGGUGCGGACCAUGUGUGCGGUGCUGGGGCUCGUGGCCCGGCAGGACGACUCCAGACUCCGAGAUCACCGCGUCAGAGUCCUCAUUUCCAACCACGUGACACCUUUCGACCACAACAUAGUCAAUUUACUUACCAACUGUAGCACGCCUCUGCUCAACAGUUCUCCUAGCUUUGUGUGCUGGUCUCGGGGCUUCAUGGAGAUGGAAGGACGCGGGGAGUUGGUGGAGUCACUCAAGAGAUUCUGUGCUUCCAGGAGGCUUCCCCCAACCCCUCUGCUGCUGUUCCCUGAGGAGGAAGCCACCAAUGGCCGAGAGGGUCUCCUGCACUUCAGUUCCUGGCCAUUUUCUAUCCAGGAUGUCAUACAGCCUCUUACCCUGCGAGUCCGGAGACCCCUGGUCUCUGUGACGGUGUCAGAUGCCUCCUGGGUCUCAGAACUGCUGUGGUCACUUUUCGUCCCUUUCACGGUGUACCAAGUAAGGUGGCUCCAGCCUGUUCAUCGCCAGCUUGGGGAGGGGAAUGAGGAAUUUGCUCUCCGGGUACAACAGUUAAUGGCCAAGGAAUUGGGCCAGAGAGGUACACGGCUCACUCCAGCAGACAAAGCAGAGCACAUGAAGCGACAAAGACACCCCAGAUUACGUCCCUCAUCAGCCCAGUCUUCUUUUUCUUCCUCUCCUGGCCUUUCUCCUGAUGUGCAGUUGGCAACUCUGGCUCAGAGAGUCAAGGAGGUUUUGCCCCAUGUGCCACUGGGUGUCAUCCAAAGAGACUUGGCCAGGACCGGCUGUGUAGACUUGACCAUCACUAAUCUCCUUGAGGGGGCUGUAGCCUUCAUGCCUGAAGACAUCACUGAAGGGACUCAGUCCCUUCCCCCUGCCUCUUCCCCCAAGUUCCCCAGCUCUGGCCCGGUGACCCCUCAGCCCACAGCCCUAACAUUUGCCAAGUCCUCCUGGGCCCGGCAGGAGAGCCUGCAGGAGCGCAAGCAGGCACUUUACGAAUACGCGAGAAGGAGAUUCACAGAGAGACAGGCCCAGGAGGCUGACUGAGCUCAGAGGAGCAGGAUGGCACCCAGAGCCGCAGGACGGGGACUGGGGGCAGCCCUCACCCAAUUCACAACAGGCUGGAUGGGUGGGUGGUAUAAAGGGAGGGAUGGGGCUCCUCCAGUGUCACAUUAAA